CCUCAGGCGAGGGUGGAAAGGUGUUUAAUGCACAGGCUGAAAUGGCUUCUGCAUUUAUGAGCCCGGAUUCAAACAUCCAGCAGAAUCUACUGCAACUCUCACAUUCUUUCGGCUAUGACUGCAAGCGACGAGGAAAUCUUCAGCUGCUGGACGAGAACACGCUGGCCUUCAUGGCAGGAAACAUUUUGGUGCUGCUGGACAUGAACACUAAAACGCAGCGCUACAUCCCCAGCAGCAGUGGAGGUGGCAUCGGUGCCAUUAUGCCUCAUCCCAGUCGGAAAUAUUUUGCCAUGGCAGAGAAAGGCAAGCAGCCUGACAUAAUCAUUUAUGAAUAUCUGUCACUGCAGCCCUAUCGUACACUUCGAGAAGGCACAGGUAAGAUGUACAGCUGUGUGAACUUUAACGGUGAUGGCACGCUGUUGGCGAGCGUCGGAGGCCCUCCGGAUUACAUGCUGACCGUGUGGGACUGGAAUCAGGAACAGGUGGUGCUGCGCUGUAAGGCCUUCUCUCAGGACGUCUACCGCGUCACGUUUUCUCCAGACAACCCGGGCCAGCUCACCACCUCCGGCUCCGGACAUAUCAAGUUUUGGAAAAUGGCUGACACCUUCACCUGUCUAAAGCUGCAAGGGAUCCUGGGAAGGUUUGGAAAGACUCCUCUGACAGAUAUACAAGGCUAUGUUGAGCUCCCAGAUGGAAAGGUGGUUUCAGGUUCAGAGUGGGGAAACAUGCUCCUGUGGGACGGAGGUCUGAUAAAAGUCGAGAUCAGACGGAAAGACGGACAAACCUGUCACGCAGGACCUAUCCAGCAGAUCGCUCUGGAGGAGGGAGAGCUGAUUACUGUAGGCGCAGACGGAGUAGUCAGGUGCUGGGACUUUGAAACCAUCGAUACAGCAGACAGCAUGGACGACACAGGGUUGUUUGAGAUGGACCCCAUGAACGAGCUGACUGUAGGCCGCAACGUGAGCCUUUCGUCCAUGGUCAAGAGCGCCGCAGCAGAUUCUACGAUCUGGUUUGCGCAGGAUUCUAACGGAGGAAUCUGGAAACUGGACUUGUCGUUCUCCAACAUGACCCUGGAGCCAGAGUGUAUUUUCUCAUUUCAUGCUGGUGCAAUCGAGGGAAUGGACGUGUCUGGAUCCACUCACCUGAUGGCCACAACUGCAUUAGACCGGUCAGUUAGGAUUUUUGACUUCCUGUCCAACAAGGAGCUCGCAGUCAGCCAUUACAGACAGGGUGGAACCGCUGUGUCCUGGGUCCCUCAUAUGGUGUGCGGUGAUGAGAGUCUCUUGGUGGUGGGAUUUGAGGACGGUGUGGUGCGUUUGUUGGAGUUCUGUGUUCCCCCGAGCCUGCCUGCGAGCACUGAAGGCGAUCGCCCAGAUCUUCAUCUCAAACAGGCCUUUAAACCCCAUAAUGCAUCCGUGACCACCAUCUCCUACAAUCAAGAUGGGCAGAUCAUGGCUACCGGGAGUGUGGACAGCACAGUGUUCUUCUUCAACGUAGGGGGCAGCUAUGAGCCAAUUGGCUUUGUGACAGUUCCGGGACCGGUGCAGAGUCUGCAGUGGGCUCCUCCGUCACACGAAAGAAAUGCAAUAUUAGUUGCAUGUCAGACAGGUCAUGUGGUGGAGGUUGAGGCUCCUGACCCACAUGGUCCUGCAGCAAUAAACACAUAUCAUCUGCAGGACCUUUCCAUCAGGCACUUCGGGUUCCUUAGCAUCAAAUCACGCAUUAAGAGGGAUGAAGAGAUUGCCCGCAGACAGGCCAUAAAGGAGAAGAGAGAGAAAGAGACGGAUGAGGAACAAACUCUUACAGAGGAAGAGGAAGAGGAGUUGCCACCGAUCUUCAUCCCCGAUCCUCCCAGUCCCCUUCACUGUGCCUUUUACUCCACUGAGCCUGGAUCAUUCUGGCUCUCUGUGGGAGGCUAUGACUCGGGGUAUCUGUAUCACUGUAAAUUUUCAGGGCAGCAGUCUGCGGAUGUGUCAGAGAGGAGCGAGGAGCCUUUCGCUUACAUCCUAGUCCAAGAUACAGAUCAAAACCCAAUCCUUACUGUCUGCUUCUGCGAGGCAAGGCAGCUGCUGCUGUGUGGGAUGCAGGACGGCAGUAUCCGGGCAUAUCCUCUAGAGUCUAAGGACCUGCAGCCAGACCACAUGCAGGCGUACUUCACACUUAGCGUCCAUGACAGCCAGUUUGGAAGUCUCCGGGAGCUACGUUUCAGCCAUGAUGGACACUUUGUUCUGAGCACGGGGGCGGACGGGAACAUCUUUUCCUUCAGGUUGCUGGAGAUGCAGGAGAUGGAGGAAGCAUUACAGAGGGGACACGCCAAAGUUCCCUCAGCACACCUCGUCCCCGACGUGAAGUCUGUCCCUUUGGAUAUAGAAGACUCUGCUGCCUACAGUAUAGAGACAGCUAAACAGAAGCUGGAGUUGGACCGUUUGCAUCAGGAGGCUGAAUCGAGGAAGCAGGAGCGCCGUAAGCAGCUCGUUGAGUUGCAAACCCAAUUCAAAGCCCUGCUGGAGCUCAACCAGAGUCUGCCUGAGCAUGUCCGACUGCAGCGCUCGGAUCUGGAGUUGGAUUGCCGUUUCCGUGAGGAAGCAGAGAGAUGGGCGGCUGAGCAAGUGAGAGAAGUGAGGAAAGAAUUAGCCUUGGAGAGCGAGAGACACCGGAUCGGCCUGCAGAAGCUUCAGGAGAGGUUUUUGGACCACUUAGUGUGUGACACAGUGACCGUGUCUGCGAUAAGAAGCGAUCAUAAGGUUUCCACCUACAGGCUGGUAGCUCUUUCCAGCAAAUUCCACCAGAUGAAGGAGAAGGAAAGAGCCACGCCGCAUCCUGGACCCUGCGCUCCGGACCAGAGCGGCCCUAAGGAACAAAAAGAAGCCUACGCUAUCACAGCAGUAGAGGAAGAUUUACCUGGCACAACAGUGUUCCAGCGGCGAGUGCCACAGGGAGCUGGCGGCAAGCUGGCAGCCAGACAGGUGGAGAAACUGUGCAAGGCAGCUGAGAAAGCAGAAAAAGCCCGCGCCAAGAUAGAGCAGAGGAAGAAAGAGUGGGAUGAACUCUAUGCUGCCAAACCCAGCGAGGACUACGAGGAUCCAGAAGAAGUCAAAGCAAUCCAGUUCGCCAAGGAGAAUAUGGGUGAUUUCAAACUGAAGACUGCAAAGGACUUCACAGUGCCUGAUCACCUGAGGAUGAAUGUGGAGAAGAAGAUGGCCCAAGUGGUUGAGCUAGAGAAGCAGAUCCACCAAAUGAAAAAUCAUUUGAACAUGCGUGUGCUGGCCCUACGGGACGCGAAGGUGGCUCUCGUCUCGCAGUUUCGCUCCCACUUGCACCAGCUGCUCGCCAUUCAGAAGCUUCUACCCCCAGAUAAGCACCAGACACUUCCUACCACACCCACGCUGACAGCCGAGGAGACUCCUGAGAGCCAGCUGCAGUACAAUCAUAUCACACUGGAACGUUAUGCUGCUGCCCGUGCCAAAAUGACACACACCGGCUGGGACGGGAAGCACGAGGCUCCACAGGGGGCGCUAGAGAUAAUGCAGCAUGACAGUGACCAGGAACCACAUGCACACACAAAUUACCUGGAGGAACCUACUCAUACAGAGGACGUGCACACCCUCUCAAGGAAUGACCUUAGCGAGCUGGAGCAGGAGAUGAUGAAAGUGGAGGAGAUUCGCAACAUUUACCUGCAAGACAAGCUGAUUAAACAGAUGGAGGAAUCCGUGUGCGUAUUUGAUGCUAAUCUGCGUCUCCUGCGUCAUGAGAAAACCGAGCUGGACGUGCAGAUGAAGCUCGCCGCCCUCCGACACGUCACAAUGUUCCAGGAGCUCCUGCUGCUUAAAGAGUUCGAGAAGAGUGAGAUCACGCUACAGGAGAGAUGGAACGCUUGCGUGCAGGAGGAGAGAGAACUCAGGUCAAAGCUGGACGAGUGUAAAUAUCAGUUGGAUGUGAAGAAGCGAGACAUAGCAAAGCUGCACGAGAGAGAGAAAGUGCUUGCCUUCACAUUCCAGGCUUCACUCGGAGAAAACAACAAGUUUGCAGAUUUUCUCACCCGAGUCUUCAAGAAGAAGAUCAAACGAGUGAAGAAGAAAGAGAUGCCUGGCACCGAUGCAGAGCAAGAAGAGGAGAGUGAGGAAAGCUCUACUGAGGAAUCAGACUUGGACAGUGAAGAGGAUGAUAAAGGCUUGGAUGGAGCGAACGGCUUUGACGAUAGCGUCUGUCCUCCGAAUUGUGACCCGGAGCUUUAUGAGAACACUUUAAGUCUACGGGAGCAUCGUCUGGUUUUAGAGGAGCUUUUGCACGAGGAAAAGGUGAUAGCAGACAGCCUGAGGAAGGAGUAUGACUCGCUAACUAAAAAAGAAAAGAUAGUGCAGAGCAACCUGAAAGCAGCAGAGGGCGAUCUGGAGCUCUUAAACCGAGAUAAGCAGCAGAAACUCAAUGAGCUUGAUGUAGUUGUCCCAUUAAGACUACACCAGAUUGAGUAUAUGACUAAUAGCGAGAUCCCCUCUGACUUGAGCAUGGCGCUGGUGAUAAAUGUGGCGGACGUUAGCCGGCUGCACGAGCGCAUUAAGGAACUUCAUCUGGAGAAAAUAGCUCAGAGGCAGUUAUACAAACAAGCACGCCAACAACAUGUCCAGCUCCGAAAGGACCUCCGAGACAUGGAGGCCGAAAGUCAGGAGUUAACAGCACACUGUGAGAAGCUGAUGAUGAAUAAGUUUGGGAAGCUGGUGGAUCUCGAGGCUUUGCAGACUCUGAGCGGAAGCCGAGGGUUGGAGGAGAUGAAAUACGAGAAGGAAGUGCGGGAAGCUCAGAACAGGCAGGAACUCAGGAUGUGGCAGGCAAAAGUGGCUGCUGCCAAGCAGGAACUGACCGAGGUGACCAAAGUGAACACAGAGCGUCUGUGCAGCCUCAACACCCUGCUGACCGAGAAAAAGCUGCUGAUGGGCAAACUCAAUGCAAGGCAGAGAAAUAUGAGUCAUCAGCUUCAGAGCUCUCACCAGGCUGAUGAAGAGGACAUCCAGAAGUUGCAGUUGCUUGUCCAGAACCAGGCAGAGAAAAUCAAGAUGAAAAAUCACGAGAUCUUCGUCCUGUCUCACAAAGGGGGCCACGUCCUACCCCCAAGUGAGCGUAGUUUACCCUCUAUCCAUAGAAACACACCUCUUCAAAACAAGCGUGUUUUACAUUAGACCCAUUUUGCCCUUUUAUUGCCUUCAAAAAACAUUUCAGCAGAGUUUUGAUAUCACAUAUUUAUCAUGAGACAAGUCUAAGUUCAAUAAAGUAUCUAUGAGGCAGGUAUUACAUCUCA